UUGUAUAAUACUGUCCUUUAUAUGGUGGGGAAGUUGGAUUUACCUGCUGACACUUCUGAAGGUCCCAGUACGCGUUCGUUCUGCCCGUAGGAACUUGUGGAAGUUCAGUCGUACAUAAAAAAUCCCGAUAAAAUUUUAUUUAAUAAUUUUUAAUAAUGACUGUUUUUAAACUUUUGUUUUUGUUUGGUGUCAUAUGCUUAACUUCGGAAUUGCCUACACCAGUUGAAAACGGUAGUAUAAGUAAUGAUAAAAUUGAUAAAGAAAUCGGAAAAGAUACUCUUCGUUUAUUAACAGUGGUACUGAGGCAUGGAGACAGAGCACCACAAGAUACUUAUCCAAAUGACCCUUAUCUCAAUAAUUCAAUGGAGCCGUAUGGUUGGGGUCAAUUGACAAAUGAAGGAAGAAGAAAUCAGUAUAAUCAAGGUCUUUUCCUGCGAAAACGGUAUGAUAAUUUUUUAGGUCCAACAUACAGUCCUGAUAUAUUUUAUUUACAAUGCACCGCAGUCGAUCGUACAAAAAUGUCUGCUAUGUUAGAAGCUGCAGCUUUAUGGAAACCAACUGAAGAACAGUCUUUCAAACCUGAUUUAGCUUGGCAACCUGUUACCUUAUUUUAUCAACCGCGUUCGGAAGAUACGCUAAUGUUAAUAUGGGAUACAUGUCCACAAUAUGUUAAAUUAAGAUACGCAAUUAUGAAUUCGUCAGAAGUUCAACAAAUUCAAAACGAUAACAAACGACUUUACGAAGAAUUAACUAAUUUAACAGGUAUGGUGAUUUUAACUCCGAGUGACGUCGGUUCCAUUUAUGGAACAUUAACGGCAGAGAAACACAUGAAUUUAAUUCUUCCUAACUGGACUAAAGAAUAUUAUCCUGAUAAACUACUACCGCUUACAUUAUACGAUCUUAAACUUAAUGUUUAUGAUAAUCAUCUUAGAAGACUCAAAGGUGGACCUUUUCUUAAAAAAAUUAUUACCGAUAUGUUAGCGAAGAAAGAUAAUACCUUAAGUGAAACAAGGAAAAUGUUUAUGUAUGUCGGUCAUGAUAGUACUAUGGUAACUUUAAUGGAUGUCAUGCAUGUAUGGAACAAUCAAAUGCCACAUUAUAAUGUAAUGAUAAUGAUUGAAUUGCAUGAAAAUAAUGACGAAUGGAAUGUUCAGAUAUUAUUAAGAAAUACCACUAAACAGGAACCAUAUCCUUUAACUAUUCCUGGAUGUACAACAGCAUGUCCUCUUGAAAAGUUUGUACAGAUAUUAAAACCAAUGAUCCCAGAUAAUUGGGAAGAAGAAUGUAAAGUUGACGGAGAAUAUAUACCUCCACCUGCUCCUCUUCCUUGA